AUGAUACCUCAUCCCUCCGCCGGCGUCCAGCCAUGGGGCCGUUCCGUGCGCGCCCUCAAUAACGGCUCAGGACGUGUUGAUGUUGCUCAAGCCAUGGGUCAACCCGACCCUCAGUUGGAGAAGCUGUCAAUGCCCGCUCCGCAACCGCUACCCCGACAGCCGGCAGUCAUCGACCUUACAACAGGCGCAAGCGAUUCGCAGGAUAGAGAACCGCCCGCCAAGAGGCUGAAACUGGAGGUGCCUUCCGGAUCAGGGGCCGCGGAUGGGAGUCCUGCUCCAGGCAGUGGUGGUGAACUGAGAAGCACCCCCGGAACCGCAGGAUCAAAACCGCAGCCGCUCUCCUGGCGUGGUCGACCGGUAUGGUCCUUCCAGGCCUUGAUUUCGGAGACAACCGGGACUGCAGAGACGAAGGAAGAUGAUACGGCCUCGCAAGGCCGCAACCAUGCCUCGCCGCCUCCCUUGCCUCUGGUUCCUUGGAAGUAUACCCCACAGGAGUCCUCCGAAAGUGACAGCGCCAAAACUGGUGAACUCCCGGCCGCAAAGGAAGUCCAGACAACUCCUUAUCAUAUCGUGAUCCCUUCUGAUGCGCCGAAAGUGAAAGGAGAGAGAGUCGCGGACUUUUCUCCAUGGACCGGUAACCAUCCAGAGGACAUCCUCAACGAACACACAGCGAAGCAAGGCCAUUAUGACCGCACCCAGGUCUCCCAAAACGAGACCAAUACGGCGCGUCCAUCGCUCUAUGCGCAGUUGAAACACCGCUCCGGCCUGCAAAUGCUUUCUUCCGUCUUCGCUGCCGCCCUCGAAAAACGCCAGAACCAUAACACUGUUACCGCUCCGUCGAGCUUCAAACCUCCUCCCCGGGUCACCUUGACCGAUAAUAAACGCGAGGCCUGGCUUAGGGAUCUUGCCAAUCCGUCCGUCCCCUUGCGCAAGCUGAGUCGGACAAUCCCCCAUGGUAUCAGAGGCAAGGUGUUGCUCGACCAGUGUCUAGGCAAAUGUAUCCCGGUUCCUCGAGCCGUGUGGCUAGCAAGGUGUGUCGGGGCGAACGAAAUCCGUGCCUUCAAACGGAAAGGCACAAGCGGUGCGCUCGCUUUGGGAUUAGAGACGAAAUGGGUUCGCGACUGGACAUCAACUGUGCAGCAAUUUCUUGAAAGUGUAGUCAGCUCUUGUGGGACGCCGGAUUGGAAAAUGAAGAUGACAUACGCUGUUAGCCUAACUUCUCGUCUGUUCUUUGAGCGUCUGCUUGAUCAUGAUCAGUACCUCGCUUGGUUCUUGUUGUCGCUGGAGGCUGCGCCGUUGAAUACAGUUCCUGUUUGGCUCUUGAUGCUUGGAAUAUACUGGAGUAAUAUCAUGCGCUAUCGGAAGCGUGGUCGACGACUAGCUGAGGUCCUGCUGGAGAAGCUACGUCAGAUCAAGCUGCCUGGACAGCACACGGCCCUGGAGCCGCUGGUUGAGCGCCUAUCGCGUUGCAUACGGAGAAUGGUCCUAGAACAUACCUCUUCUGUCAUACUCCCGAAUUCUUGGGAUAAGUACAAGGAUUUGAUUUCGUCCUGCUUGAAUUUGGAAGAAAUGCCUGAUAAGACAAUGCUUCAAAAUCUGGCGGAGCGCAAUGUGCGAGUGCAGCUGCCCAAAAUUCACCAAAAGACGGCACAGCGGUUACCUCAGCAGCAUGUGAUUCACUUGUUUGACACUGUCCGCUCUACACAUGAUGUCUCCUCUACUUCUUCUGCCUGUUUGAACGCUGUCGAGGACAAGGCAUCUCUGGUUUCGAAGCUAUUGGAGUGGGCAGCGACUCCAUUCCGUCAUGGCUUUCGCCGCGUUUACAUCAGCGUUCGCCUUCUGCGAAAAUGGAAAAUGUCCGGGGUGGAUGUUGAUACCCACAUUCUCGCUUUCCUGGCUAAUGUUCAAGUCGCCAAUCAGCUGAACAUGGACAAUGUGUAUCACAUCAUCGCUGAACUUGUUCGGUCUCAGACUUUCUCCGUUGGCAAAUAUUUGCAAUGGCUAAUGGCGAAGGGGGUCACGAAUGAUCCGUCCGCUAGUCCACAUGAGACUAUGUCGAACGAUGUCCGCCUUCUACUACAACUUCCGUUGGCUCGUCUUCCGGAGUACGUGCGUAGCCUUCGCAACACGCUGCUCAACCGCGCUGGGAUUCCACCGUCGCAGGAGGAGUCAACCAUUGCGGCCAUCAAGGCGUCAAUUGCACAGCAACUCCCAAAGAUCUUUGGAGCGCAGACCGACGAUGCAAUGUUAGCCGACCUGUCUCUUUCUGAUUUGACAUGGGCAGUGAAAUCUGAAAUCGGCCUGUGGAUUCGUCGCGGCGUGACGGGGCAUUUCCGCGAGCCCACAAGGAAAUACGCUCAUAUUCCCUUGCUGGCUGAUUCCGGUACCUCUGCCCUGACCGCACAUGAGUUCUACAAUCUUCGGAAUGUUCUGGAGAGCUUUGGAGAUAUCUCAAUGCUUGCAGACGUGCUCAAGCAGGCAACAACGUCUGGUGACAGCAUUGUGUUGGCCUCUGUUGCGGACACUGUUAAUUACCAUUUCGACUCAUUGUGCGUCAUUGGUGCUGCAACCGACCUCUUCAAGGGACUCGUUGAAUCGUAUGCUCGUCUAAAGAGAAUUGGCCUGCCCGGUCUUGACCUCAUCUUCUCCUUGAUUGAGCUUGGGCUACGUAUGCCUAGCGAAUUCAACACUGUUGCUCUCCUUCGUCAAGAUUUGUCGCGAAUCGAGGGAAAGUCGGCUCUGGCUGCACCAUCUCCGCUCUCAGACCACAUCCCUAUGACCUCCGGGGGAGUCGACUCUUCAUUUCAAGAGAAGUUAGAUCAGAUUCUGUUCUCUGGGGGUGGCCUGGAUGAAUCGUCGCUAGAUUCUGUAUUCACAUCAUUGACCAGGGCACUAGGAAACCAUGGGCAAGAUAAACUGUCGGCCAAUGAUAUCUGCAGAUACCUAGCCUACCUAAGAUCCUUCCACCCCAAGCGUUUCGAUGCCAUGUUGGUCCGAUGGGUAUGCGGACUUCUGAAAUCGCCUUCUCGGUCUGUAAUGACUCGAAUCCUUCCCCCCCUGAUUGGGGUGGGGUGUGUUACUAUACAUGCUUUUGUCAUGCUAGUCAGGAAGCUUUUGCAGUCUGAGAGGGUGGCUUCGGUCAUUCCCAACGUUGCUGACCUGCGACUGAAUCUACUGGAGCUCCUUGUUCCACCCGAGCCGAGCCAGAGUCGCUAUGUAGAUAUGGUUACGUACCGCUUUUAUCUGGCGCAACAAGAAUUCCUCGACAAACAUCCUGAACAGUGUCUUGAGAUUAUUCGCGAUGCUGUUCCACUGCAUGAUACCGAGCGCCCAGAAGCGGGUGGCCCGAGCCAGACAGACCUUUCAAACUGCGCCGUGAUUUUGCUACGGACUCUCCUUACCCAGAAGCCAGAACGCAUGGUUCAAAGCUGCAUGCAGAAGUUCAUAGGCCAGCAUCCAGCUUCUACGGCAAUCCUGCAGAAGGCACUCGAUUCUCUUCUUGGCUUUGAUCCACAAAGCACGCCGGAUAUGUCUGAAGCUGAGCGCGUAAUUUCCAUUAACAACGAUUUCUCGCUUCCUAUCUGUCAACUCAAGCUCCAAAUACUAUUCAACGCAGAAGCCGGAAGCCAAGUCGACAAUGGAAUCGUGGAUGUCAUGUUCAAAGCUGCGAUGGCCGAUGCGCGCUCAAACCGGGACCAUUGGUACGGCUUGGUUAGCCUAAUGAGUCUGGAUGCAGUGCGACAGAUUCGCGAGCGCGCUGAAAGGGGGUUCUUCUCUGUCCCGAUGCACGACGAGUCUACCUCCGAUUCUUCUGUGGCAGACAAAUCAGGCUCCAUUGAGACUGCGAGACUCUACCUGACGAUCAUCGAAAAGCUGGCGUAUAGCAUUCCCGAAGUCGGCGCCCAGUCCGUUGCGUCUGCCCUUGUGGAAAAAAUGGAGCUGCUGCUCCAAAAGUUUGUCUCCAUGCAGCCAAAUUCGACAGGUGCCAGCGAUGCAGGCCAAACGGCACAGGCACGCUCCAAUUUCGAAAGGAGCCUUGCAUUCUGGUUCUCCGCAUUGCUGAGACUGAUCGUCAUCCAUCGAGCAGCAUUCAAUACGCCGUCCUUGGCACCUAGGCCGACCGGCCUGCAAGAGCAAGCUCGUUUGCUGACAUCGAUUUUCUGCAUCUCUCUUGCGCGCCUGCCAGACCGAGUUAUCCGUCUCUAUCCGUCGGCCAAUUACUUCCCCCACCCGGUCCAGUCCGAAAACUAUCGCCCUUGUCCUGGGAUUCUGCUGCAGACGCAUGCCCUGGAUGUGGCGGCCGCGCUUAUCGACACGUUCCCGGACGAGGCGCGGCAUCAGUGUGCUCGCUUCCUUCGGGAGAAAUGUCCCCCUUUCCUGCAGUUCCAGAACGACCCACGAUUUCUCUACCUCCUGGGCCCCAUCGUGGACACAUCAAACCUCAACCCUACAGUCCCUGCUUCUCUCCCGUCUCCUGCUGCCGGUGCUUCCACUCCGACGCCGACGGCGAACCUCCCUGGCGGUGCGGCAAUUCCCCAACAGGCGAUCUCGUCAGCCCCUUCAGGCCUACCCGCUGGACUAUCCGAGGGUGUCAACUGCAUUGCCAGCCACCUCCGCCUCCAGUACCGUGGUCGGGUUCUUGGUGCGUACCCGGUGCGGCCCUGGGAGCUUCUCGAAGACGCGGCUCCCAUUGUCGGCAUGAACGACACUGCCGUGAGCCUGAAGUACUUCGACGCGAGACGCGUCAGGGCCUGA